AAAACCACAUUUCCAUUUUUGUCUGCAUCUUCCUUCUACUGUCUGGCAAUGCCUGUGGAUUUCAGUGGAACCUGGAACCUCGUCAGCAAUGACAACUUUGAAGGUUAUAUGGUGGCCUUAGGUAUUGACUUUGCAACACGCAAAAUAGCAAAAAUGCUGAAGCCUCAGAAAGUGAUCAAACAAGAUGGUGAUUCAUUCUAUAUCCACACCACUAGCACAUUCAGAGAUUAUCUGCUUGAAUUCAAAGUUGGAGAGGAGUUUGAGGAAGAUAAUAAAGGCUUGGAUAACAGAAAAUGCAAGAGCCUCGUUACCUGGGAAAAUGACAAACUUGUCUGUGUCCAGACUGGUGAGAAGAAGAACAGGGGCUGGACUCACUGGCUUGAAGGGGAUGACCUCCACCUGGAGCUUCGUUGUGAGAAUCAAGUGUGCAAACAGAUCUUCAAGAGAGCUUGAAUGUGUGCUGGGUGCUGCCUGCAGGGACUGCUCUGCACAGGAGCCUCGUGUCCAGGGAGGGCUCUGUGGACAAGAACUGCCUCGUACCCAGUAACCUCAAUGGUCUGGAGUUUCUGGCUCAGGAAAUUAAUCUGCUGUUACCACUGUUAAAGGUCUAAAUUUUGCUAAUAAACGCCCCAAACCAAACUAAUCUUAA